CGGCAGUUGGCCAUUUGGCUUUGGCGUUAGCCGUUUUUGUUUAUCGCGCUGCGGACCGACUUGCAUUUCGCGUUGCCUUGGGCCACUUAAAUAGAAUAUAACUCCCUGCUUCGCGAAAAACUCGAGUUGCAGUUUUAAAUUAAGGUGUUUCCGCGUUUCCACAAAAACUUCCGAGGAAAACUAAACUAAACUAAAAGGCAAAAAAAGGCAAAAAACGGAAAAACGAAACGCAAGCGGUGCAAAAUAAGUGCAAGAAAUGUGCUAAAAAUAAUGAAGUGUAAUGUGGACGCCUCAUAUCGAUACUGUUCCACCUAUAGCCUAAGCUGGUCAUGAUCGGGGGCAGGAGAUGCAGCGAGGCCGCCCGGCGGCUAAGAAGGCGUCCUGACACGCUGGAACUAUCAGUCCUGGAUGGCCAACCUAUGGAAACGGAACUCCAGGAGGACAAUGAGCGGACCCCAACAACGGGAGCCGGAAAUGGGAAUGAAUCCGGCACAGAAGCUGUCGAAGCAUCGUGCUCGGCGUCCAGCAAAAGAACACGCUGGUUUCAAUUCGCCAGGAGCUCCAAAAAUCGAAGGAAACGAUUGCGCUGUGAUGAAGAUGAGGAAGUUGUGCAGCAGGACAGAAGGAAUUCCGAUGUGGAGGGCAGUCGGAGGGCCUGCCUUGCCCAACCUGAGGGCAUGAAUAUAGGCAGCUCCACUCAAACCAUCGCCACACCCCUGAUGGUGGGUGAUAGUUUCUACAGCCUGGCGCCGGGAGGAGGAAAUCCAUCAGCCCACAAAUCCGAUGACCAGGAGCUGUACAAGCAGAGAGAUCCUUCGGUGGCCUCGGAGUCAAAGUCGGUGCCCAGUAUGAGACGUCUUUCCCAGAUUAGAAGGCGCCGCAGCUCGUACUACUUUUCGGAAAACGAACGUAGAAUUCGAGCCAACGACAAGGAGUUCAAUGCCCAGUUCAAAUAUCACAACAACUACAUCAAGACCUCCAAGUAUUCGCUGUUCACGUUUCUGCCUUUCAAUCUGCUGGAGCAAUUCCAGCGGUUGGCCAACUUCUAUUUCCUUUGUCUGUUGGUCCUCCAGCUGAUACCCGCGAUAUCCUCUCUCACUCCGGUGACCACAGCGAUUCCUCUGAUAGGAGUACUUACUCUGACGGCUGUUAAGGAUGCCUAUGAUGAUAUUCAACGGCAUAUUUCUGACUCGCAGGUGAACAAUCGCAAGUCGAAAACGCUGCGCAAUGGCAAGUUGGUGGAGGCCAAGUGGUCUGAGGUACAGGUGGGCGAUGUCAUUCGGCUGGACAACAAUCAGUUCGUGGCCGCCGACACCCUGUUGCUGUCCACAUCCGAGCCAAAUGGUCUGUGUUUCAUCGAGACAGCUGAACUGGAUGGGGAGACGAAUCUCAAGGCAAAGCAAUGCCUGACGGAAACCAUCGAGCUGGGUGAUCGCCACGAUCUGCUCUGGAACUUCAACGGCGAGAUCAUCUGCGAGCGGCCCAACAAUCUGCUGAACAAAUUCGAUGGCACCUUGAUCUGGCGGGGUCAGAGGUUCGCCCUGGACAACGAGAAGAUCCUGCUGAGAGGCUGUGUCCUACGGAACACGCAGUGGUGCUAUGGCGUGGUGGUCUUUGCCGGAGUGGACACCAAGUUGAUGCAGAAUUCCGGAAAGACGCAGUUCAAGAGCACUGGUGUGGAUCGCCUGCUCAACUUUAUUAUUAUUGGGAUCGUCCUCUUUCUGGUGUCGAUUUGUGCCCUUUUCGCGAUAGGCUGUGCCAUCUGGGAGGGCCUGAUUGGCCAGCACUUCCAGUUGUAUCUGCCUUGGGAGCACAUCAUACCCAAAGAUUACAUACCCACGGGAGCAACAGUCAUUGGAUUGCUGGUCUUCUUCUCGUAUGCCAUAGUCUUAAACACAGUUGUGCCAAUCUCACUCUACGUUUCAGUAGAGGUUAUACGCUUCGUACAGUCGUUUCUCAUCAACUGGGAUGAGGAGAUGUACUACCCGACCACCAAUACCUAUGCCAAAGCCCGCACCACCACGCUCAACGAGGAGCUGGGCCAGAUCCAGUACAUAUUCUCGGAUAAGACGGGCACCCUCACCCAGAACAUCAUGACGUUCAACAAGUGCAGCAUCAAUGGGCGCAGUUAUGGCGAUGUGAUUGACCUGCGCACCGGCGAGCUGGUCGAGAUUACGGAGCAGCAAACAAUUUUCCAAAAUAGCAACACCAACAACCGACCCAGUCCCACAUGUGGAGCUAUCGUAGCACCACCUGCAGCACCACCCCCCAUCAUCCUAGUGCACAAGGCCGAGGUCCAUGCGAAGAAAAGUUCUCUGUUGGUGUCAUCCUCCGGGGAGGCGCAAGUGGUGCCAGAAAGACCCAAAUCGGAUGACGAGCGCCCUGCUCCGCCGUUGGAGGCCGGUGAAAAGCGGCCAGGACUCAAGCAUGUGCGCUACUCGGCGCCCAGUAGAAGUCAGGACGAAGACUCUGGUCGCUUGUCGCCCAGAGUGAGUGGAAGUCGAGGACUUAGUCCACCCAUUGGCAAUGAGGAGCGACGAAGCAGUGGAGGCUUCAAAAGGAUUGGAGCCGGAUGUAUGCAGCGCCAAUUGUCCCGCACUAGCAGUUGCGACAAAGUAAAGAUUUUGCAUGACAGCCAACAGACAGAAACACACAACAUGCACCAUUCAAGUCACAAUCGCAAGCGAUUAGUCAAGAUCCGGUUUAAAAAAGCGCCAUCAACAGCCACGCUGGGUGUUGUCUUCUCUCAGCUCGAGCACCACCUCGAAGAGGAGCCACAAUCCACAUCCGCACUUAGCACCACCAAGCACCACCAUCGUCACAAGGCAUUCGCCACCAAUUGGAGUUCGUCGCCUCACAGAGUGCACGCCCUUCAAAGUGUUGACUUUUCGGCCAAUCCGCAUCACGAGAGUGACUUCCGAUGGUACGAUAGAUCGUUGCUGGAUGCCGUCCGGUCGGAUGAGGAGCACUCCCACGUGUUUUUCCGCCUCCUGGCCCUCUGCCACACGGUCAUGGCCGAAACGGUGGACGGUAAGUUGGAGUACCAGGCCCAAAGUCCCGAUGAGGCUGCCCUCGUUUCGGCCGCUCGCAAUUUUGGCUUUGUCUUUCGCACACGAACACCGAAUAGUAUUACCAUCGAGGUGAUGGGACAAACGGAGGAAUACGAGCUCCUGAAUAUCCUCGACUUCAACAACGUCCGCAAGCGGAUGUCUGUGAUUCUCCGGCGCGGUGACUCCAUGGUGCUCUACUGCAAAGGAGCGGACAAUGUGAUAUAUGAUCGUCUGCAUGGCGGACAGGAGGACCUAAAGGCGCGCACCCAGGACCACCUUAAUAAAUUUGCCGGGGAGGGUCUACGCACUUUAGCUCUGGCUGAACGGCGUUUAACGGAGCAGUACUACAACGACUGGAGGAGUCGGCAGCAGGAGGCAGCCCUUUCGAUGGACUCGAGGGAGCAGAAGCUGAACGCCAUUUACGAGGAGAUCGAGAGCGAGAUGCAGCUGGUUGGGGUGACGGCAAUUGAGGACAAGUUGCAGGACGGCGUGCCCAAGUCAAUUGCUAAUUUGCAGAAUGCAGGGAUAAAGAUAUGGGUCCUAACCGGUGACAAGCAGGAAACUGCCAUCAACAUCGGCUACUCCUGCCAACUGCUUACGGAUGAACUUGCGGACGUCUUCAUCGUAGACGGCAAUUCGGUGGAGGAAGUGGAAAAGCAGCUGAGGCAGUUCAAGGAAUCUAUAAAGAUAUACAAUCGGUUUCGACCAGGAGGAUUUGAUGCAUUUGACCGCCUAAACAGCGACAGCAACAUGGAUCCGCUGAGCGUGACCAUGACACAAACAUCCGCCUUCAUGCAGGAGACGAACCUCCCACCCACGCCGCCUCCACCGCCUGCCAUCUCGGUGGUUACCUUUAGGUGGGAUGAGAAAAAUAAGGAUAAUAAGGGCGGACCGGACAGUGCUGAGUGCAAUGACUUGUUCGGCGAUGAGAAGGGGAGCGACGAUGGAGGCACUGCCUCCAUUGUGGUGGAUGAAAAUACAGGAUUUGCUCUGGUGGUCAAUGGUCAUUCCCUGGUGCACUGCCUUUCGCCGGAAUUGGAGAACAAAUUCCUAGACAUCGCCUCGCAGUGCAAGGCGGUCAUCUGUUGUCGGGUAACGCCACUUCAGAAGGCGCUGGUCGUCGAGCUAAUAAAGCGUGCCAAAAACGCGGUCACUCUGGCUAUUGGUGAUGGCGCCAACGAUGUGUCCAUGAUUAAAGCUGCUCACAUAGGCGUUGGAAUCUCAGGACAGGAGGGUCUUCAGGCUGUCCUCUCCAGUGACUACUCCAUAGCCCAGUUUCGAUACCUGGAGCGAUUGCUGCUUGUACAUGGUCGAUGGUCCUACUACCGCAUGUGCAAGUUCCUAAGAUACUUUUUCUACAAGAACUUUGCAUUUACACUGUGCCACUGCUGGUACUCGCUCUUCUGCGGCUUCAGCGCUCAGACGGUUUUCGACCCGAUGUUCAUAUCGGUGUAUAAUCUAUUUUACACGUCGCUACCCGUUUUGGCGUUGGGCGUCUUCGAACAGGAUGUCUCGGACAAGAACAGUCUGGAGUUUCCGCGUCUCUACACUCCGGGUCUAAAGAGCGAGUUGUUCAACAUUCGGGAGUUCAUCUAUAGUGUGUUACACGGUGCCUUCACCUCGCUGGUCCUGUUCCUGAUUCCAUAUGGCGUCUACAAGGAUGGCGUCUCGGCGAACGGAUUUAUUGUGAGCGAUCACAUGACACUCGGCGCCGUUGUGGCUACCAUACUCAUAGUGGAUAAUACAGCUCAGAUAUCUUUGUACACCUCCUACUGGACGGUUGUCAAUCAUGUGACCAUUUGGGGCAGUUUGGUUUGGUACUUUGUGCUGGACUACUUCUACAACUAUGUUAUUGGUGGCCCUUAUGUGGGCUCCUUGACGCAAGCCAUGAAGGACCUGACCUUUUGGGUCACCAUGUUGAUCACAGUGAUGGCGUUGGUGGCUCCAGUCUUGGCCUACAAGUUCUAUUUGCUCGAUGUACAUCCGAGUCUGUCUGAUAAGAUCCGACAAAAGUCUCUAAAGAAGAUCCACUCCAGAGCUUCAAGUGAUGUCAGGCGAACGGCCUCAUCACGUCGUGGUCGUCGCUCCGUACGAUCGGGAUAUGCCUUUGCCCAUCAGGAGGGCUUUGGUCGCCUGAUAACCUCCGGCAAGAUUAUGCACAAGCUGCCGCAGGACUUUGCGUUUCCCCUGGGCUUGGGCACCAAGAAAACACAGGUGCUGCACAACAACCUGAACUCGGCCGAUGGACCGAACUCUAAGACCAACAAUGUGACUGGCCAGCAUAUGGUCAACAACAACACAAAUAUGCGACAGAAUCAGAACCAGAACCACUCGUCCAUGGCGGAUAUAACGGCUGAUGGGCGGGGCCAUGGGGGAGAUGAUGGCAGAGGUAGUGGGGGCUCGGAUGAUAUGAGUCCUCGUGCUCCCUGCCAGGACUUGGAUACGAUUAAUCUCUAAGCUUUAGAUGCAGGUGCUGGAUCGGUAGCGGGUUUAGUAACAAACACCAAAAAUUUUAAUGAAUUUAAGUUAGCGGAAGGUAGGAUAAUAAUUUAAGUUUUAUUUAAAAACGUUAUCAGUAGUUUUAGAAUUUAGUAAGGGUAUAGUUAAUUUAGGUCUGUGUGAGUGUAAGACAAAAAAAUUGAACAAGUAUUAUGACGAACGCAUGUUCAAUCUCCGUGUUUCUGCUUCUUAAGUAAGUGCAUCAUAUGUUUUCUAAAUUGAUUUUAUCAGUAAUUAUGUUAAAAGUAUUUUCACUAGAAACCAGUAAAUCGUCGUACAAUGUCAUAAGAAGCCUAUUUAUUAUUACCCAUAAUCUCCCCAUUGAAACUCACUAACUGAAUAAGAAUUUCAUCGACAUUGCAUCUACACUAUUAUAACAAGGUCCUAUCCUUUCCUAUGACAAUCCAGUACUAUUAUACACAAACUCCUCGGAAGAGCACAAAAUCCCUUUUCACGUAUUUAUAUCAUCGUUGACUGCAUUUAAGAGAGUGAGCCCCCUGAAUGAUUGAUUGAGUGCUUGGCUUUAAGGAUGUAGCAUAGGUUAUACUAGAUUUAUAUUGUCAUUGGGAAACUGAAAGUGUACUUAAUUGCUUAAAGAUGUGCUGUGUGCUUAGCCAAUAUAACAGCGGUGCUUACCACCGCUCAGAGUAGCUUAUCUACAAAUAGCUGAACGAACUCUCGUCUCAAAGUCCAAUAUGCUAUAUAGUACUAACCCCAACAAAGACACAACCACACAUAGAAAAGUCCACACGUCUGUGUUCCUAAAUAGAGUUUUAGAAUCAAAGCCUAAAUUUGCCUUAGAAUGUCCCUAGGGUUAAGUCCUUUAAGCAGUAUCGGGUUUUCUAAUUAGGAUUCCCAUUAUUUUUCGGUUGUUAAAGAUGGGCAUUCGAUAAGUGGGCUGUGGGUUAAGGCAGCAACAGAGAUCUAAAGUGAUUUAAUAUUAAUGAGCACGGGAAAGUACUUUAAAGGCGCUUUUUAUAUAGCAAGGGGAUGAAGUCAUCAAUAAUACAGCGGAGUGUAUUGGGGUUAAUCAUAUUGCAUAAUAAGAAAAAUGGCUAUUGCAAAUUUAAUAGAUUAAACUUACCUUUAAUGUGCAAUUUGUUGCUAUACAAGACGAAAAGUGGAAGAAAAUAAUUAAACCAAAUAAAGAGAAAAAUUUUUAUUUUUAUCUACAAUUUUAGCCAAUGAAAAUACGCAUUAAGUACAUUUUUAAAUGAUAUAAUAAAUGCGAAUUAUUUAUAAAAUGCA